AUGUCUCAGGAUCCUGUGACCAUUACCGUCAAUAGUUUUAUUCCAGAUUUACCACAUAAUGGAAAACUGAUAUUUAAAGUAGCAAUAUCUCCACAAAUGAAAUAUGUUUUAACAUAUAGUCAAGAAGAUAAAACCUUUGUCAGAUGGCUUGUCAGUACCAAUACAGAGUCAUUCGAUCUUAGGAUAGAUGCCGAGUCAUCAAAAUUGGAGGAGGACAUUAGUGAUUUCAAGAUCUCUGAUAGCGAGAUCAUUUUGUAUGAUUGUGUUGGUUUAGUAACAUUUAAGAACAAUAGUAGCGCUACAAUAAAUCCAACAGUUUUGAUUUAUGAACUUAUGAAUAAGAAUGAAUUGGCUCAUAAGGUCUUUUAUGUUUUCAAUGAAAAAGAUGUUAGAUUUGGCGGUUUUAGAAGCAAUAGAAUGUGGAUGAUGGCAUAUGGUUUAAUAUUCCUGUUGGAUUUAGCAACUUUUCAGCUUCAGGAGUUUUUGCUUUUUGAAAAGAAUUUAAAUAUUGAAAAAGUGAAAUACAAGUUCUCAAAAAAGUUAAUUAUUAUGAAAGUUUCUGAUGCACAUUACAUUUAUUCCAAUAACAUAGAUCACAUAAAUUUUCCAAUUGGAAAGAUUGUAGAUACUGAUUGUCAGGAAUUUGAAUUCAAAUCAAACCUAAAAGGUACCAUUAGUUUCAAUAAAUUAGUGGAAUUUGAUGAUCUUGAUAAAAGUAUCCAUAUCGAAUUCAUAGAUCAAAGGGUUUUUGUAGUAUCACCUGAAAAGCUUUGUAUUUUUAAUAUAACAAAGCAUGAUUGGAGAAAUUCCAUAUUUAAAGAUAUGAAUGAUUAUGAUGACAAUAAAAUGAAAGUGGUUGAUGAGUAUGUAAAAGACAAAAUCCCUGAGAACAUUCAAAAGACUCUACGUAAUGUUAUAUUCAAUCUUUAUGAUAAUUGCGAAUUAAAUUCUUUAGAAAUUAAAUGUCUUGCUGAUCCAUCAGAAAAUGAAUCGAAAAAGCAAUUAAUUAAUUAUUUAUUAAAUGCAAAAUAUUAUUUUGUAAUAUAUGGAGAAAUAUUAUUAAAAUCAGCGAUUAAACAAAAUAAUUUAUAUUUAAUAGGUGGAAUUUUUAACAAAACUAUUGAAUACUUUAGAGAGAAUCCAAGAAGCAAUAUUUGUAUAUUAUCA